AUGCCUGCCGAAUGCCCCGACCCGGCGACGUCCUCCGACUCCCUAUCCCCGAACGGCGGCCCCAGCGACCAAUUGAACGUGCAGAAGAAGAAAAAGAAGAAGAAGAGCAAGAAAUCUAAGAACACGAAGGACGUUGCGAAUGGCGCGACCCAAACGAACGGAAAGGACAAUGUCGCAGACGACGACCGCCCGCCCGUGCUCUGCAUUAGCAGAAACAAGCACUGGCGGUACAUUAGCUCUUAUCAUGGACCCUGGCUACAAUUGCCUCUCGAACUCCUUGAAUCUUUACUUGUCCUCAACCUUGACCCCGCGACCCUCUCCGCGUCCGCGUCUGAUACCCGUCUCCCUUCUCUCCCCCCUCCAACCAUCAGCUCACAAAGACACCGCGACCGUGGAUUCGCCGGCCUGGGCGACCAUUCGCCGCCUGAUUCUCCGCACAGCACAUUCGCGAGCCUCCCCCCACCCCCGCCGUUUCCGACACCCAAGCCCGGGAAGGCGACACCGCCGCCCAUCGACCCGGGCGUGUUCCGCUCCGUAACCAGUAUCCGCCGAUUGAUAGAUGAGGCGUCCGAGCUCUCCGUUCGCGCGAGCUCUGGGCUGUCGGCGGCGGCCCUGGGCUCGAUGCGCGGUGCCGGUCCGGGCAUGAACUCAAGCCCGUGGGCGACGGCGCAGUCUUUGGGCAUGAAUCCACUCGGGGAACCUGUAGGUGGGCGGAACGUGGCCAUGUCUGCGAUGCGUGUGCACAGGCUGCGGGCGUUGGCCGUCCAGAAGCUUGCGGCUGCUUAUCGAACGGACGAGAUAGCGUCCAGUGUCAUGGUCAUGCAAGGGGGCAGCGUGUUUGACGACAUCGCGGAGCGCGUACUUAAAGUUGACCCACACGAUGUGGAUGCACGCUAUGUGCACUUCUUCCACGAGAAGAUACCUUCUCGACAGCUAGCCGAGUCGACUACGACCAGUCUGCUGGACGAACUGAUAGCUGCAUAUCCUCAACGGCUCGAAUUCUACCGCACACGCGGAAUUGUACACUGCUUCCGCGACGAAUACGCCUCAGCGGUGAAAGAUUUCACGCAUGCGUUUAGAGAGGCGCGCACGUUACGUCGGGCGAAGGUGGCGCACCGAAACAGCAAAUCAAACGAGAAGCAGCGCGGGAAGGGGCACAAGAAGAAGGGUAAGGCAGGUGGGAGCAAGACGCACGGGCAGGCGCUGCCCAAUGGGACGAGCGUAGCUAUGCCAGACGAGGAUGCGCCGACGAUCGAGGGGCCGGACGGCGAGCAGCUCUUGUUGCAUCCGUCUGUAUUACCGGAUGCCCCGGACCCGAUCGAGCCGCAGUGCCUCUUUCUGCGCGCCGCGGCGUAUCUGCAGCAUGCGGUGUAUCUCAUCGAGGACGGGAUCUUGCAACUGGAGGGAAUACGCAAGAUACCGUCCGUGGACGGUGCGGAGCUGCGGCUGUGCUACAUCGAGAAUGGGCGGUACGGCGGCGUUGAAGUCGGCCAUCCCGACGGACCACUCGGAAACAAAGACGGGACGAAGCUCGCCGCGUACAGAGCACUCCUCGCUGAAGGUUUUUUCCGCGAGCAAGUCACUUUACUAGUCAAAAAGAGCAUGCGUGAUCACGAGAGGUUCCUCGCCCACUUCGAUUCACUCGAAGGCGUGCCCAACCCCGCAGUGGGCGAGGAUCUUGCCUCGCGCCUCGCGCACGCGUUUGCACUUACGGAGUCAUUCCGCCCAGGCAGCCAGGCGCAGCCGCCUCCUGCCGCCGAGUCUCCUGCGACGUUCACGACAUAUCAUCCUCUCCUGGUGGAAUCGCACUUCAGCAUACUCCUGGGACACCUCCUGCUUGGCGACUUCCCCGGUCUGCUGCCCGCGUUCACGCGCACUGCCGCCGUGGUCGACGGUCUGGAGGGCUAUCCUGUGUUCCUCCCUCCGCGCUCUAUGGCACAGGCUGAGUUCGUCGAGGUGCUCGAGCGCCUCGCAGGUGGGUGGCGCAAUGGCGUCCAGCCGCACUCACUCUCGUCCCUGGGCUCGAUGCUCGCACUCGAGGCGCCGCCGACGUUCUCAGCGAAGGCGAAGGAGGUCGACCGUGUACCGUCACCGCCCUCGCCUGACAUGGACCGCCUUGCCGCGUCCGCAUCCUCCCUCAUACUCGGCGUGAAUGGCUCCAGCUCGAGUACAACGGUUCACAUGUCGCCCGCACCGUCCGGGCGCGAGACACCUUCCAGCGGCACAGAGCGCGUUGACUCAGCGGAGGCGCUGGAUUGCGCUCGGAUCCUGCUUGCUCCGGUUGCGGUGCGGCUGUGCGAGAAGCUCGAGAAGGCGGAGAAGGAGAAGGCAGCGAACAAGGGGAAGAAGAAGCCGCUGAACAUCAAUAUCCCUCUGCACGGCCCCAGGGUCGAGAUUGUGCUUGCUUGGCUUGGGGCCGUGCACUUGCCGGAGCUGGACACCGUGGCUUGA